AGUAGAGUCACUAGUCAGAUCAGAGAGUCAGAGUUACUCUGGAGCAGUAAGUAGUGGUAGAAAGUGUAGAAGUAGGAGUUUCUAAAUUUCUAGGGAAUACUGAUAAGGCUUUUGCGUUAGCAGCGAGGGACAUCCGUCAUCCUCCUCUGUGUGGACUGUGGACUGUGGACCGCCGCCCCACUUGCUCUGUCCUCUUCUACUCCUGUCCCGUGUGUUGUUGAUAACUUCUUUCUGCAACCCAAGAUUCUGAUUUCCCUUAUUGAGAAAACCCUUCUUCUUCCUUCUCUUUGGUUUGUUUCUGUAUUAUUGGAGAUGGGGAAUUGCCAGGCGGUAGAUACGGCGACGUUGGUGAUACAGCAUCCAAGUGGGAAGGUGGAGAGGUUGUUUUGGCCGGUGAGCGCCAGUGAGAUCAUGAGAACUAACCCAGGUCAUCAUGUUGCUCUGGUUCUCACCUUCUCCCUACCUCCUCCUCCUCCUCCUCCUCCUCCUCACUCCUCCUCUGACAAGGAGAAGGACAAGCAAACACCUCACCUCCACAACCACCACCAGCAGGAGCAGCCCAUCAACAGCAACAAUGAGGUUCGGAUCACCCGCGUUAAAGUACUCCGCCCAACCGAUACUCUGGUUCUUGGUCAAGCUUACCGUCUCGUCUCUUCCCAAGAGGUUAUGAAAGGGUUGUGGGCGAGGAAGUAUGCGAAGAUGAAGAAGGACCGCAAUACCCAAUCAAUCGAAAAGCCCCCCAGGCCAAGGCCAAAGCAACAGGAUUCUUCACCAUGUGAGACUGAGACUGAAUCAAUAAACCCCAACUUAGACAAUCCCAAUCAGCCUCACGUGGCAAAACAGGAGAGAAAUCGACCAAGAACCGCUUCAGCACCCUCAGCUUCAACCAGGUCAAGACACUGGCGCCCCUCGUUACAGAGCAUCUCUGAGGCCGGAAGCUGAAAGCUAAUGAUGAUGUUGAUGAUGUUGCUUCGAAGUCUUUCUCCCUUCAUCUGAAAAGAUUGCGGUCGGAAAACAGAGCCAUGGACUGCCCUCAACCCAUAUGGGUUCUUGCUAUAUAGAUGGACUCUGUCAAAGCUUGGAAAUAAAAGCAGUGUUAUCUGUGGAGAUGGGUAAUUGGUAAGCUUACUGAGUGAUCCCAAAUCCACCUUCUAGAACACCUUGCAGAUCUAAAAUUGAUGCGAGGGCAGCAAUACAGACCCUUCUGUAUAGCUAAGAAGAAGAGCCUUGCCAUCCAAAUUCCUGGAAACUAAUGAAUUUAGAUUUUGUCUUGA